AUGUACUAUAUAUUUGCACGUCCACGCGUAGGUCCAGAUACCGGUGUAAACGAUGCAGAACUAAUGAAUGUUAUAUGCCACGUACCACGUGUAGUUUUAGUUAAAUUAUUAACAGUUUUACGCAUUGCGUUUAGUGAAAGCACUCAGUCCCAUGGGCCAAUUAUGUGA